AUGGCUUCCAGCUAUACGGGAAUUGAUCUUUGUGCCUACCCAGCGGGGACGCCCCCGUCUGGCCAGUCGUCGAACCUGGUGGAUCCACCCUCUUUGGCAGCAACCACCAUCGCGGUGACAACGGUGACUUUGGUCUGGGCAGUCACUGUUACCGCAGCUAGAGUGCAUACAAAAUUAAGCAAGCUGGGUUUGGCUGACUGCUUUGUGGUCAUUGCCUUGGCAUUGUCGGCAACUUACUUAGGCUUAGUUUUAGCGAUGCUGAAAUAUGCCAAACACCAGUGGGACAUACCCGCCUGUUGGUUUAAUGGCACGUAUAUGAAGAUCUUGUACGCCCAAGGUGUGCUCCUCGGGCCCACAAUCUUCUUCGCGAAAUGCUCCAUCUUCCUUCUUUAUCGCCAAAUCUUCACCAUCCAGAAGCCCAUGAAGAUUGCCAUUUGGGUCGGUCUUAUCUUCACUUUCCUUUUGUAUUGGGCCGGAGUUCCCCUGGAAUCCUACUUUAGUGCACCGCACGUCGGGGAGACCUGGGAAGAUUUACUCACCAACGGCCGACCCGAACACUUGAUCUACUGGGGGAUUGUCCAGGGAACCUGCUCCGUGGUAUUGGACAUUUACAUCUUUCUUCUCCCGCUUCCGAUGCUCGCACAGCUGCAAAUGGCACAUCGGCGAAGGUUACAACUACUCGCGGUGUUUUCCACGGCUAUGAUGGGUAUCGUUGCUAGUGUCUGCGCGCUCGUCUUCCGGGUGCGUUUGAAGACCACCGCAGACACAUCGUAUGUGCAGAGCGCGCUAUUCAUUUGCGUUAUCGUUGAGAAUAACGUCGCCAUCAUCGUCAGCUCAAUGCCCUUCUUCCCCGCAUUCCUCCGGGCCAAGGUCCUAGAUGCAGUCGUAUUCAGGAGCCUGCGGUCUAAGCUCUCUGCCUUGCGGCAUAGCUCGGACCGAUCGGCAUACGCGAAGGGGUUAGACCUCAAGAGGUCGAGCACGAGCACGCCGUCCAAGGGGCAGAAAUGGUCCAGCAGGAACCUGCUAGAUGGAGUUACGGACAACCAAAACCAUGAGUUAGAGGUUGUGAGCAAGUCUACGGUGGCUGUGCAGAUCCGUGCGGGAAGCCACAGCACCAGCAAUCAUGAAAGGGGCAUAUCGCGAGAGGUGAAUAUUCAGCAAGAAACCCAGUCGAUAGUGUAAGCGACGGGGUACCGGGUGGACCGGACCGAUGUGUAGUCCGUGCCUGGCUGGUCGAUGAAACUGAGGCUGAUAGGGAUCACUGUACUGUUGGGU